GUGAAAGGCAGGCAGAGAGAGGAGGAAGUGAAGUGAAGGGGGAGUGACUGCAGCAUGCACUGUUAGGAGAAGCUGCUCUACAGACUUCAGAAGGCAGAGGGGUAGCUACUUUUUAGAAACUCUCUUCUCCUUGGAACUGUUUACUGCUUUAUUCUAUGAGUGCCACAAGUGUGCUGUCCUUCAGUCCAUCAGCCAUGCCUGGCCCAGUAAUGCCGAUGGAUGUGGCGAUGAGGUUCUACAUCAGCCACUCUCCGCCCCCCCUGCGAGGCUUCCUCAGCUCCUAUGAGGAUCUGCACAGGGCCAAGAACCGGGUCAACCGGUCCGGCGUCCGCGGCCAGCAGCUCUACAAACCGCUGCGGCCCUGCAUCAGCAGCCAGCAGAAAGCAGCCGUGGACGACUGCGAGGGCUGGAGCAACAACAACGGCAUCAAGGCCAGCAAGAAGAGGGUGGUGUUCGCCGACACCAAGGGCAUGUCGCUCACCGCCAUCCACGUCUUCUCCAAGUUCGACGACGAGCCGUAUCAAACCAAGCGGGGCGGACGGGUCGUGGAGGAGCUGCAGUUCGACAUGACGGACCUGGAGUCGGCCACAAUGGACCUAAAGAUCAGCUCAGAACGCAGCCUGGUGCUUGACUUUAACCAGCCCUCAGCCGACUACCUGGACUUCCGGAACCGCCUGAUUCAGAACUCGGUCUGCUUGGAGAACUGCUCCCUGCAGGAGCGCUCGCUGACUGGCACCAUCAAGGUCAGGAACAUCGGCUUCGAGAAGUCCGUGCAGGUGCGCAUCACCUACGACUCGUGGGUCAGCUUCACCGACGUGGAGUGCACCUUCAUGAACAACGUCUACGGCUGCCAGGACACCGACACCUUCGCGUUCGUCCUGGAGUUGCCCGCCUACGUCCCGCCUCAAAACCGGGUUGAGUUCUGCAUCUGCUUCAAAGUCCAGGGCCAGACCUUCUGGGACAAUAACGACAGCAAGAAUUACGUUCUGAAGCACGUCGGCUGGAACGGAGAGGACCUCGACACCCUGCCAUCCCAGACUUCUGUUGAGCAGAAGAAGGCUUCAGAGCACAAAAACGGGGGCGUGAAGGUUCUGGAUCUGGGGUUCGAUCAGUUCGGCAGCCCUCGCAUGUCCAGCGGACUGUUUCCCGGCUGGCAGAGCUGGGGUCAGGUCGAUAACACUGUGCCUUAUUGGUGAAAUGGUCUGGAUGUUUGCUGAGCUGGCAAUGGAGUAAGAUAACAGACACUAACAGGGCAUUCAGUGCAGAUCCAGCCGUGGCUUUGAGCUUGACUCUGGCUCACAGCCAGAAACUGAACUGAAGCAAACAGCCUCUGCUUUUUCAGCAGAGGAAGUACAUAAACCAGACACAAACUUAACUGUUAAUGUGCUCAACUGACCUGCUUUUUGCUGUUACACAGUCCUUUUAGCCUGAGACAAGAUGACGAUGAACUGUGCGGUUGGAAAACGAGGGAUGUUCAGAGGAAAAGUUCUGUUUUGUAAAAUAUUCAUGUGCCUUCUCAGAGUACCUGCCCACUGAUACGCAGAAUAUUUGUACGAUCCACCACCAAUGUUGAGCCCCUUUAAAGUGCCUGAUGCAUGGGUUAAAUAUGCACUGAUUGAGAUGUCCCUUUCAAUGUGAUGUCUGGAAAUGGAGCUGAUUAAGUCCUUCAUAUUGAAGGGAAAGCAUGGGGAGUGCAUGGCGACAAAAUUCUUCUCUGCUGAACACAGCUGAUUCAUUUCUAAUGGAAAAUGCACACUAAAACCUUUUGCACCAUCAUGAAAGAAAAUAAUCACACAUGAUUCAGAAUGGCCUUCAUUUUUAACAGUCAUGCAGCCCUUUCUUUCCCUCCAUGUAAAUUGCACGUCUGUCUGGUGAAGAAAAGAAAAAAGUCUGGGUGAUGUAAUUUUGAGGUAUUAAGGAACUGAGCUGCUAUCAACAGAAGUGUCACAAGAAAGUUCUCGGUAUGUGAUUGGUUGAAGAAGAAGUUAGGAAAUGUGAGUGGUGGAAGGAAGAAGUGAUGUAAAGAUGUAAUGUUUCUGUUUGCUUGUUCUCACAAGUGCAAUUCUUUGGUGAUGAGUGUACAGUAUGUGUGGCUGGAAUCAAGAUGUAUUUUUUUUCUCACUGUGAAGAAAGUUUGUGUCCCAGCAUUCUGUGUAUCACUUGAAGGUGUGUGUUGGUGACACGCACCGUGUCGAUUGUGUAUUUCCCUUUUUGAAAUAAAUUUCUAUAUUUGUGCUAAAA